CCCUUCACUCUCUAGCUAUCUCAGUAUAGCAGUGGCGCAUGGGCAAGAGAUGGCGAAAACUGAAAUGGGUUUCUCCAUUCACCGAGGAAAUGACACCAUAAUCACCAACAAUUUCUCGAUUUCCUCUUUUUCAUUUGGGUUUUCAAUUUCUCAAAGACCCGUCUUUCUAGUUGCUUUGACGGCAAAGAAGUUAAAAGAUAACCAUCUUUUAGGCCUUAGGACGUCCCGCACCUCGCCAGUUCGAUGUAUGGUGAAGUCAGAGUCAGCAGACCGGUCUAUUGACGCCGGAGUUAUUGAGAAAGAGUUCGAAUUCACUCCAUCUUUCGGUGAGUAUUUGAAGAUUUUGGAAUCUACUAAAACUACUGAUAAACAACAACAGACGAAGGAAACAUCCAGUUUAAAAAGAAUCAAGUCGAAAAUUGAGGUGAAAAGGAAAGAAAUUGUUUCUUCCAAUAAUUUACCCUCUGUUAGAGAAGGUCGAAGCUAUAGAUUAGACGAAGAAUCACGCGAAGGCUUUGGUGGUGAAAGUCGAGAGAGAGUAAAUACAGAAAGGAGAGACAAGAAUCGAACUGGGUUUGGAGAUAGGGGUAUUUCCUUGACUAGGAAUGAAGCUCAGGUCAGAGAUAAGAAGCAUUUGAAGUUAGGAUCUAUGGUGGAGCCUGAGCAUUCUUCAGCUAAAUUCAGUUCAAGAGGAAACGACAAUGACAGAGGGAAGAUGGGUUUGGAUAAAAAGAUUAUGAAGCCCACUGAUAAACAGAUUACUUCUAUCCAAAGAAUGGAGAGAAACGCUGAACAAACCAAUAAGAGCAGUCAAAGGCAUCCCAAAUUUGAUAAUGAUUUUGAUUUAGUCGAAACUGAUACUAGUAGAAAGACAUGGAAAGGAAAAGUGAAUCCUGGUAGGAGUGACUUGCAUAAACAAGAUAGGUAUGAGGAACCUGAAACGGGUAGAGUUGCCUUCAAGUUUCUUGAGGAGAACGAUGAUAUUUUAGGCAAGGGUCGAAUGCCUCGAGCAGAAACAGAGGAUAGAGUAGCUAAGCUAGCUAAUUGUUUGAAUGGCGCUGAUAUUGAUAUGCCGGAGUGGAUGUUCUCUAAGAUGAUGCGAAGUGCAAAAAUUAGAUACACAGAUUACUCUAUAGUGAGAGUUAUUCAACUCUUGGGAAGGUUGGGGAAUUGGAGACGGGUUUUGCAGCUUAUGGAAUGGCUUCAAUUGUGUGAUCGUUUUAAAUCCCACAAAAUGAGGCACAUUUAUACAACUGCACUUAAUGUGUUGGGAAAAGCGAGACGACCUGUGGAAGCAUUCAACAUGUUCAAUGCAAUGCAGCAACAAAUGUCCACAUAUCCUGACCGUGUAGCUUAUAACUCUAUAGCCGUUACUCUUGGACAAGCAGGACACAUAAAAGAACUAUUUGAGGUAGUUGACUGCAUGCGGUCUUGGCCCAAAAAGAAGCUUAAUACUGGGAUUCUCGAGAAGUGGGAUCCUCGUCUAGAACCAGAUUUUGUUGUCUAUAAUGCAGUACUAAAUGCUUGUGUGCAACGGAAACAAUGGGAGGGUGCAUUUUGGGUAUUGCAACAAUUUAAGGAAAAAGGAGAAAGACCUACAGGCACAACAUAUGGACUUGUUAUGGAGGUAAUGUAUGCGUGUGGCAAAUACAACUUGGUUCAUGACUUUUUUAGAAAAGUGCUGAAAUCUGGCAGACCAAAUGCUUUGGGUUAUAAUGUUUUAGUGAAAACAUUUUCGAAGGAAGGUAAAAUUGACGAGGCUGUAUCAGCCAUGGAAGAAAUGGAAAGCCGGGGAGUUAUUGGUUCAGCUGCUCUUUACUACGAUUUUGCCCGUUGCCUAUGUAGUGCAGGAAGGGUUGAAGAGGCAUUGGUUCAAGUUGACAAGAUAUGCAAGGUUGCUACAAAGCCUCUAGUGGUGACUUACACUGGAUUAAUGCAGGCUUGUAUAGAGGCUGGACAUGUACAAAACGGUUCAUACAUAUUUGAACAUAUGAGCAAGUUCUGCUCCCCUAAUUUAGUGACUUAUAACAUAAUGUUAAAAGCACACUUGGAUCAUGGGAUGUAUGAAGAAGCAAAAGAACUGCUCGAGAAAAUGUUGGGAAAUGCUGUUUCUAUUAGAAAUAGAGCGGAUCAAAGGCAAAAUGUUAUACCGGAUAUCUACAGUUUCAAUAUCAUGUUAGACGCAUGUGUUGCAGAUGGCCAAUGGGAUGAUUUCGAAUAUAUUUAUGACCAAAUGUUCCAUUAUGGGAACUAUUUCAAUCCAAAACGACAUCUUAAGAUGAUAAUGGCUGCUCGCCAAGCUGGCAAGGACAAGCCUUUGGAAAUGACGUGGCAUCAGUUGGUCCAAUCAGGUCGCAUUCCUCCACCUGUUCUUGCCAAUGAAAUGUUUUGCUUGAGACUGGAACAAGGUGAUUGUGUUGCUGCACUCUCUUCUAUUUCCAGUUAUUAUUCGAGCGAAUUGUCUUUGUUUUCCCGCAAAUCUUGGACAAGCUUCUUUGACGAAAAUGCUCAUCGAUUACAAAAAAGCACGAUUGUUGAUCUAUUACGGGAAAGUAGAAUACUUAUAGGUGGUGGCCACGACGACACUAGACACUUGGCUCUUGAAAAUCUUAUUGCAUCUUGUAAAGAAUUUUUGAACAUGCAAUAGUUUAUCAAUCAAAUAUUUGGUAUCUAUUGUUAAUUAUAUUUGAGCUCA